GUUACUAUAGCUAUACAUACCUACCUACAGUGUAUUGUACAUACGUAGUGUAAAGAUGGCGUCGACGGUGUGUGUUUCUAGAUGCCGACUGUUAGCUAAAUUAGAAAUAAAUCGUGGUUUGUGUUUAUCACCGAUAUUUAGGGAUUUGUCAAAUAACAGGGAGUCAUGGUGUCGUCGCUGGCGGCCCGCGCGCCGUACAUUCUUCACAAGUGUAUGUACACAUGGAUCUAAAACACCAACAAAAGUCGAGCAUGAAAAAUCUGAGGAACGAGUGUCAUCUACAAAGCGGCCAUCAAAGCGCGCCAAAAAGGAACCCGAUCAAUCAAAGAAACAGGAAAAGAAGGAAAAACUUGAAAAGCGGAUGCUUGAGGAGGUGACAGUAACGUACCACCGCGGUUUGCCAGUACUCACCAUACCCCUGCCGUCGCGACGCGAGCGAUGCCGCUUCACACUCCGUCCCGUCUCGCAAACCGUCGGCGAUCUCUUAGAACAGGUGAAGGCUGAGGAUCGUGGCGUGGAGCGCGCGGCUGCGUUGGCUGCGGACGAGCGCGUGCGCAUCGCUGCGAGCGACACCAUCGAAGCACUACUGGAGAGCGACUUCCGACUCAUCAUCAACGACACAGAGUACUACGUCAAGACACCGGCACAGGAGCGUUUAAGCCAAGAGGAGGUUACGCGAUUAAGCGACGUACGGAACUUGGUGAACCAACUAUAUGAAGCGCUGAAUGUUCGAGAACACCAGAUACGUAAAGAAAGGGAGCUGAAAGCGCAGCUGGAGAAACUGUCCACCGAGCUGCAACCAUUAGAGGAGAAACGUAUGAGCCUCGAGGUGGAGACUACGCGUCGUACAUCGGCCCUAACCUGGGUAGGUCUAGGUCUUAUGGGCGUGCAGUUUGGUGUACUGGCUCGUCUUACCUGGUGGGAGUAUUCCUGGGACAUCAUGGAGCCUGUCACCUACUUCGUCACCUAUGGAACUGCAAUGGCCGCUUACGCCUACUUCGUUUUGACUAAACAGGAAUACGUGUUACCCGACGUUAAAGAUAGACAGCACCUGUUGACUUUGCACAAAAAAGCGAAAAAGAUUGGACUCGACAUUAAUCAUUACAACAGUCUUAAGGAUGAGAUAGCAAAAGUGGAAAAAGACCUGAAUCGUCUUCGUGACCCUCUUCACAUUCAUCUGCCGAGUAGCCUGGGAGGUAAAGGAGGAGGUACCGACGACAAACGCUCUCCUCUUUCCAAAAUAAAAGACAUGCUUGAGGAAACUAGCAAGAAGAUGAAAAUCACGUAAUAUUGGCUCAACGUCGCGCGCCUUGGUCCUAAGCGGUAAAGUUAAAGGUGCGGUCCUUCGGUUCAUUAGGGAUAAAUAAUUAAAAAAGCUUGUUAAUAAAGAAUUUCAAGAUGCUUACUCGUGUGGGAUGUAACCCGUUGAAUAUGUAUAAUAGUUGAAUGAUUAUUUAUUGAAUUAAUUUACAAUUUGCUUUUAUCGUUACGUGAUGAAACCAUUUUAAAUUUCUUCCAUAUUGUAAGAUUUUCUAAAACGUAUGAAGAAUUUGUUGAUAAAUACACGUUUGUUUUUUUAUUUUUUGACGAAGCAACAAUGAUGUCAACGUGUUGGCAUCCACACUUAAGCAGGUUGUAUUAUAAUGUUGGUUGUAGUUGUAAAGUAAAAGGUACAGAAAUGGUUGUUUUAAUAUGCUUCAAAAUGUGUCCGUACCAAAGGACCACAUUUCAGCAACGUCCCUUAAAAACCAAAGUGAAAAUAUCUUCUUGCCUUAUCUAUUUGACUUAGUAAAAUUUACAAAACCAAAACGAAAAAUAAAAAUAUACUUCGUAGGAUUUUUCAAAUUUAGCUAAUUAUUCAAAUUUAAAUUAUAACUAGUUUAAUUUUAAAUAAUCGCUCAGUAAAUUGUUUCCUAAUUUAAAUUUGUAUUUAUUAUUUAAGUUACUAAAUGAGUUGACGGUUUAGGUUUGAAAUUGUGCAAUAAACUAACACAACACAUGGGUGCCAAUGUAUUAGAUAUUCGAAAAUUCAGGGGAUGUUUUAUUAUUAACAUAGUUUUAUAAAAUCUAGUCUUUUAACUAAUAAUCACUGUAGUUCGAAAAUGAAUUUUAUUAAAAAGCAUUAUUUAAAAACGUAUCACAAACGAAUGCCUAUAAAAAUGUACAGUAAUUUUGUUUCCAGUAUUUUUAUGUUAAGAAUUGAAGAAAACAUUAUCCAUUAAUUUCAGAAAUUGUAACAUUUUCU